CAUUGUUGAGUCAGAGAAGCCAACCAAGACGUCCAACCAUGGCUAAAACUUCUAUCACUACAUCUAUUCUUCUUGGCUUAGUCUCUAUUCUAUCUUUGUUCAUUGCUCCCUCAUAUGGUGCUGGAAUUGCCAUCUACUGGGGCCAAAAUGGCGGUGAAGGCACACUGGCUGAUACUUGUGCCACAGGAAACUAUGAAUUUGUCAAUAUAGCUUUUCUAACCACAUUUGGCAAUGGCCAAACUCCGGUACUAAACUUGGCAGGUCAUUGUGACCCGGGCAGUAAUGGUUGCACCGGUUUAAGCGAGGCCAUACGAGGUUGUCAAGGACGAGGCAUCAAAGUACUUCUCUCAAUUGGUGGUGCUGCAGGAAGCUACUCUCUAUCUUCAGCUGAUGAUGCAAAACAAGUUGCUGAUUAUCUCUGGAACAAUUACUUAGGUGGUCAAUCGAACUCGCGACCUCUUGGGGACGCUGUUCUUGAUGGGAUUGAUUUUGAUAUCGAGUCCGGUUCAGGCCAGUAUUGGGAUGAACUAGCUAGAUCACUUAAGGGAUUUAACCAACAAUUGUCCUUAGCAGCAGCUCCACAAUGUCCAUUCCCAGAUGCUAACCUUGACGGUGCGAUCGCUACGGGCUUAUUUAAUUAUGUCUGGGUUCAAUUCUAUAACAAUCCUCCAUGUAUGUACACUGAUAAUGCUGAUAACCUAUUGAGGGCUUGGAACCAGUGGACUGGUGUUCAAGCUAGUCAAGUGUUCUUGGGGCUGCCGGCAGCUGCUGAAGCUGCUCCAAGCGGCGGGUUCAUUCCGGCGGACGUGGUUAAUUCUCAGAUUCUACCACAAAUCAAGACUUCGGCCAAGUACGGAGGAGUCAUGAUUUGGAACAAAUUUUAUGAUAAUGGUUAUAGUGCAUCUAUCAAGCCUAAUGUCUAGGUAUGGAUGAUGGUAUCAUCCAUCUAAAUAAGUUACACCCUAUAUAUAUUUAUAUAUUUGUAUUGAGAGUGUAACAUUCACUUAAACAUAUGAUAAUAAAGGUUUUUUUCUUAUACAA